AGUUUUACGGAAUGCGCAUAGAAUUUUUUAAUUAUUUACCAGAUUUUACAGAUGAAUUUCCAUAAUUUUAUGUAAAAUAUGAAGAAAAAUCGGAAAAUUCUCUAGAAAAAUGUCAAAUCGGCUUUAUAUUCUCCUUGCUGUAGUCCUUUUCCUAGCAACAUUCGGUUCAACCGGUCUAAUCGUUCUUCCAGCCAGUAUCCUCUGUUUCGUAGCGGGAUUUCUCUACAUUUUCUAUCAAACGGGACACGAAAAACAUGACGAAAUCGCUGGAAUUUUAUCCGAAAAUCUGCAAAAAGGAAAAUUAUCUGCGGGAAUUGAGGCUCUGCUGAAAAAUGGAAAACGACUCAAAGAGCAAAAUCAAUAUGUGGAGGUGCAUUCAAUGUGCAAUUCACCGCAAUUAGAUUUGGUUUUAGAACAAAUUCUCGGCAAUAUAACACGGGAUUACGUCGGCUUUUGGUAUAAAACACUUUCAAAUGAUAAUAUUUUUGAACAAAGCUUAAAGAGAACCUCCCGAAGAUCAAUUGCCUCAUUGACACAAUGUCUCCGCCAGGUUGAUUGGGUUCCAUUGCUCACGCGUGACGUUGUCGACGAUUUUGCUUCUCAUUUACGGCUUUUCCGGAAAGCUAAGGAAAGAACUGCAUUUCAAGCGAAGGAAAAAGAUAAAACAUUAUCCCCUGAAGAUUUGGAAGCGGAAUUGCUCAGCAAUUUCUUUGAUUUUGAGCUGGAAAUGGAAAAAUCGUUGUGUAGAGAUCUUCUUUCAACUACACCGCAUUAUGAAAAUGCCUAUCUUCAUGAUCUUGUCGAUAUAAUUCUCUAUUUAAUAAUGCCACCGGAAGAUUUUAGAUGUCGGCCGCUGAGAUUCUUGCUUCGAGAAGUUGUUGUAAGAAAAGUGAUUCUGCCUACUCUGGACUACCUCUCCGAUCCAAAUGAAAUAUUUCAAUUAAUCGUUUGGCUUCUCAGUGAAGUGGAACCAAAACCCGAUGAUUUUGUGGCGUGUCUCACGAGUUCAACAUCCAUCGAAGAGCUGGAAGCCGUGUUCCGAGCGAUUGCUGACGAAAAAAUUGUAAUGAGAGGGAAGGAUUCCGGUGGAGAACAGGAUACUUUCGUUAAACAACAACUAGCCAGUCUACAAUUCGUCGAAAAUCUAGUUCAGCGGCGAAUCGACUUCUUGGGAUCCAAAGAUUCCGCGUUGCUCACGAAAUUUGGCGAAGAUGGAGAUCAACUUGUACAGCUUCCACUUCACGUUAUUCUCACGAAUUCUAUUGCUCUGUCACAGUUCUGCGAAUUUCUCAAAUCAGCUGGCGGUCAAAAUUAUAUUGAUCUUUAUUUAGCCAUUGAGGGCUUCAAAGUUUCCGUUGAACACCAAAUGCGUUCACUUUCAAAAGGAGAACUCAGUGAAUCAGAUGCAUAUGAGACGGUGAAAGAAGCUGCGAAGUAUAUGUAUGAUCAAUAUUUAUCAGAAGAGGCAAUAACUCGAGUUCCUCUAGAAGAUGCUCUAAUUUCGAGAUUUCUUCAAAGUCUUAAAAACGACGAACCUCAUGAUCUCUGGUUUGAAUCGAUUCAGGAAAAAGUGAUAGAAGUGUUGAAAACUGACGAUCAUUUCUUCCCGGCAUUCAAAAAAUCGGCGGGCUAUGUGAAAAUGUUGUUGGAAUUGGAAAUUAUUGAUGAGGACCGAAACGAUCCAACUCUAUCAGAAUGUGAUUCAGUAACAUCAUUCUCAUCAUCCCAGGAUCGUUCGGAAGAUUGCGAAUCUGCACUAAGAAAAAUGUCGAUAGAAGUAGUAGACGGACCACUGGAAGACGAGCCUGUAAUGACUGCAACAGUUGAGACACUUGGAAUAGGUCAUCAAGGAAAACAGACAUAUGCUCUUUAUAAUGUACGAGUCAGUCGAUGUGUGAAUGGACGAGAAGUUAGCAGUUGGAAUGUUAUUCGAAGAUAUUCAGAUUUUCAUACUUUACAUCAAGUUCUUGUGCAAAAGUUCCCAAAGCUGUCAACUCUCUCGUUUCCCGGCAAAAAAACGUUCAACAAUUUGGAUAAUGAAUUCCUGGAAAAACGAACAAAAGCACUGAAUAUGUAUCUAUCAUGUAUUCUACAACCACAUCUUCUUCGCAAUUACCCAGAAAUGGAUCGUCACGUUUUCGACUUUUUAUCGCAGAAAAAAUACGCAAAUUCGAAUCCGUUGACGAAAAAAUUCAUGUCAGCCAUGUUUGAUCCGAUUCGAAAUGGUGUUAAAGCUGUCGGAACGACUGUUAUGGCUGUUCCAGAUCAAGUUUUUGAAGGUGUCACCAAGAUGGGUGUUGGGAUUAAUAAUGCCGCCAAAAUUAUUAUUAAUCCUAGCAGUAGUAGCACAGUAAAUCGACCGCCCGUAAUGGAAACCGAUAGAGUUGCUGCUUCAUUAACGGAUACGGAAUCCGAGAAUAUCCCGCUCCGAGUUCUGGUUCUCGUCGUCAGUGAAGUAUUUGGAGCUCAAGGAAGUGCUUGGUUCCGGCGUCAAUUGGUUACUGUAAUAAAACAUAUUGUAACUCCAUUUGGAACAUCGAUUAACAAACGAAUUGUGGAUAUUGUUAAUUGGUUGACUAGUGAACAACAAGUUGGAGGAUAUUUGAAUUCUUUUAGAGAAUCAAUGUGGCCAAAUGGUGAACUAGCAGCCGAAUAUGUCGAAAAACCACCGGAGCUUCACCACAAAACCCGUCUACUCGCGAAAACUCUGAUGCUUUCAUCACUUCCCGACGAGCUACGGAUUAUACUUGGCGCUAAUGUUAGCUAUAAGGGAAUCAACACGAUAUCGGAAGCAUUUCAGAAUAAAAAUCUGAAUCGUCGUCUUUUGUAUGUACUACUGGAACGAACUCUGAUAAAAGUUUUCCCAUCGAAUCGAUUCGAGAAAAUAUUCGCCCAACUUCACUCGAAAUCUCCGAGAACCAAAAAAAUGUGAUCGCAAUUUCUUUGCGAAGUGUGUGGUUUAGUCGAAUUCGAAAAAAUAUAAUUUUUUUAGUUACAGUCGUGUUAGGAUUUAAAAAAAAGUUAGAGAUUGAAAAAAAUUGAAAAAAAAACAAAAAGAAAAACCAUUUUUUUGAAAAAUAAAUAAAAAAUCUGAAAUUUCGAAUUUUACAAAAAAAUAUAUCAAAAACCAAGAAAUUUUGGUUUUUUAAUUAAAAAAAAACUCAAUAUAUAAUUUGUUUAAACGAUUUUUAAAUUUUUGGCGAUAUUUUGGAAUAUUUUUCGAUUUAAAAUCGACAUUUUUUUGUUGUUUUAAAUCGAAAAUAGCAAUUUCGGCUUAAACAAUUAAAAAAUUUUUUUGGAGAUUAAAAAUCGAAAAACGAUAAAUUUUUGAAUUUUGGAUUUUUUAAAUUUUUUUGAAUUCAUUUUUUAAAGUUUUUCUUUGAAAAUCUUACAUUUCCAAUUUUUUUGACGAUAUUUGAAAAAAAAACUCCACAAUUUUCUAUUUUUUAGAAAAAAAAAUUACGGGUUUUAGACGAAAACCAAAAAAAAAGGUUUUUAGAAAAAAUUGAAAUUUCGAAUUUUAUUGAGAUAAAUAUAUUUUAAAAAAACCAAAAAAAACUUGAACUUUCUGUUUUUUUAUGAAUAGAAAAAAAUUUUAAAUUCAAUAUUUCGAUUUUUAGAAUAAAAAUAUUUUGAAGAUUUUAGAGAAACGAAAAUUUCCGAUUUUUCGAAACAAGAUUUUUUAACAUAAAAUUUCGAUUUGAUUAGUUCCUACCACGGCUGUAAACUUUAUCACCGAGAUUUUUCAAAUUUCCACUGAACACUUUGGUUGUGAUAGUUCAAAUUCUUUAUAAAUCCCCUGCUUUUGCAUUUGUAUAAUAUCACAUUUAUUAAUUCCUAUAUUGCACAUUCUUUUUGCCAUUCCCCCCCCCAUUAUUUUCCGGUUUAAUUGUAUUUAUUUCUUUGUGCCAAUAAUUUAUUUUGAUGAAUUUGUAUUAAAUAUAAUACAUUCUAAUUUUA